AUGGCCGAAAAUGUCCCUCCAGGCGCUGCCACCAAGGCUGCGGCGAUUACUGACCGACCUGGACUCCCAUACUACGAGAAACUACGACGAGACCUGCGAGAUACAAUCCAGAAAAAGCGCCUUCUUGACCGCAACAUGGCUGCUAUAGAAGACCAGAUAUAUCGUCAGGAGACUGCAUACCUUGAAGAAACCUCGGUGGCGGGAAACAUUGUGAAAGGCUUCGAUAACUACAUCAAGGCAUCCGCCGUCUCGUCCUCGGCCAAUUCCGCAGGAGGUACAGUUUCUGGAAGCGCAGUUGGUGGCGGAGUUGGAGCAGGACGUCGAAAAGCUGUUGUGAACGAUUCCGAUCGCAUAUUCUCCCGGAGCUCGGUGUCAUAUUUGAGAGACUCGGAUUCGCCCAGCAGUGCCACCAGUACGCCGAAUCACGCCGGAACGCCAACGGGCAGUUUCACUGCCGAGCGAGGAGCAGACAAGAAGAAAAAGAAGAGCAUUGCAGCGAACGAUGACGAGACAGAGGGAAGGGCAAACAAACGGCAGAAGAUCUCAUUUGGAAACUCUAGAAAAGCACACGACGAUUGA